AUGUAUGUUUGUCUUGGUGCACUGAAGAAGGGAUUUAAAGCAGGUUGUAGGUCAUUGAUAGGACUAGAUGGUUGUCAUCUGAAGAGUCCUUAUGGAGGUCAACUUUUGUCAGCGGUUGGAGUGGAUGCUAACAACAGUACUUGGGUAGUUGGUUAUGCAAUGGUGGAGCAGGAGUGUAAGGAUAGUUGGAUAUGGUUUCUGGAGUUGUUGGCUAAUGACUUGGACAUUAGGAGUGAUGGAGCUAGGUGGACGUUUAUAUCUGAUAAACAAAAGGGCCUUUUACCAGCAUUUGAGGUGGUUUUUCCAAGUGCGGAGCACAGGUUCUGUGUAAGACAUUUAUGGCCGAAUUUCAACAAGAAGUUUCCAGGGAAAGCUUUGAAGGACCAAUUAUGGGCCAUCGCAAAGUCAACCACAAUGGCUUACUUUACUAAGGAGAUGAGCCUGAAAGACCUGCACUGGUCUAGGUCACAUUUCAACACAGUGCUUAAAUGUGACAUUCUACUCAACAAUCUCAGUGAAAGCUUCAAUGCCUUCACACUGCCCGCAAGAGUCAAACCUGUAAUCAGCAUGUUUGAGGAAAUGAGGAUCAAGUUGAUGAAGAGGAUUCACAUUAGGAGGGACAAGAUGAUGAAGGUUCAGGAUACCAACUGCCCCAAACCAAGAGAAAUACUGGAGAAGAACAAAGUGAAAGUUGCCACAGACUGCAUCCCAUUUGGCUCAGGAAGCUCAAAAAUCGAAGUGGAAAGCAUUGGAGGAGCAAGAUAUAUAGUUGAUAUUGAGAGAAGGAGUUGUGCUUGUAGGAGAUGGGAUUUGAGUGGGAUCCCUUGCAAACAUGUUGUAUCUGCCAUCCACUACAUGAGGGAAAAACCUGAGGAUUAUGUUGAUACUUCCUACUGGACAAAGACAUACUUGGCCAUCUACUCAAACACCAUCAGCCCUGUAAAUGGAAUGGAUCUUUGGGAAAGGACUGAUGAUGCUGCAAUUCUUCCUCCUCAGUACAACAGACAGCCUGGUAGGCCAAAAACCAAGAGAAUUAAGGAUGCUUCAAAGAAAGCUACUGAGGGAACCAAGCUGGGAAGAGCUAAGGGAACCAAAAAGCCUCCUUUGACAAAGAACGAGCUUAGGGCCAAAGUUAUACAGAAAGCAGACAAGAUGAAGAAAAAGAGGGAUGCACAGAAGGCAGCAGCUUUUGCUGCUGCAAAAUCAACCACUGCUAAAGCAGCAACAAAAUCGAGCACAGCUUCAACCACUACCCGUGCUGCUACAGCAAACAGUAAAGCUUCUGCCUCUGCAAAGUCUUCAACACCCAACAAGAUCAUCACAGAGGAUUAG